AUGACCGUGAAAAAUCGACUCCAACAACCUGUACGGGUCGCCAUUUUGGAUUGCGACUACGUCGUACCGAAGGUUGCCGAAACUUGGGGACCAACAUAUAGUAGUAUCUUUGCCCACCGACUGCAAGCUGUCAAUAAGACUCUAGGGUCUGAGAAGGCUCUGGAGAUUUCUGCAUUUGACAUUAUCAAAGACGAAUAUCCCGAUCCAAAUGACUUCGACGCCUUCCUGAUCACAGGUUCUAUCAAAGGCGUAUAUGAUGCGGACCCAUGGAUUGCGAGGUUGAAAACUUUUCUUCAAGAAGUCUACCAGAAUCAUCAACAUGUGCGGCUAUUCGGAGCUUGCUUCGGGCACCAGAUCAUCUCUGAAGCCCUGCUUGAGAAAUACGGAGCGAUUGUCGAGAAAGACCCAAAGGGCUAUGAAGUCGGCAUCCACAAAGUUGCCUUGAACCCGAAAUUCAGAGCUCAGUUCAGUCAUAUUCUAAACCUGCCUGAGGGAGACCGAUUACGGAUACAGUUCGCACACGGCGACCAUGUUCGGUUUGAAGCAGCAUGGCCCGAGUCGUGGAUGUCGAUAGGAAGCACGCCGCAUUGCGCCGUGCAGGGAAUCUUUCAGCCACGACGUGUCUUGACAUUUCAAGGCCAUUUUGAAUUCACCGAGGAGAUUUCAACGGAGACUAUCAAAUAUUUCUACACGCCUGAACGGGGAUUCACACCUGAGCAAACGCAAGCUGCCUUGGAUCAGAUUCGAGGAAAGGACGAUUCGGAGGAGGCUGCAAAGAUCUUGCAUGCCUUUUUUACAGAGAUCAAUGGUGUAUAG